AUGACUUUGGUGCUGCUUAAAAACAUUUCCAUAUAUUUAGCCAGCAAAAUAACCCAUUCCAAUGGCUUACUCUGUGAAUUACACAAGAUAAAACCAUUUUUUGGACUGAAAUCACGUUCAUUAAAUCUCAUCCCAUUCUCUACCCAAGCCUCCAACAACAAGGAUUCGUUUAGCUACAUCAUCAUUGGAGCUGGUUCAGCAGGUUGUGUAUUGGCCAACAGACUGUCUGAGAAUCCUGACAAUGCUGUCCUGGUUUUAGAAGCUGGACCCAAAGAUCUGCUCUUUGGCUGUAAAAGGUUGUCAUGGAAGAUACACAUGCCAGCUGCAUUAAUGUAUAACCUAUGUGAUGAUAAAUUCAAUUGGUUUUAUCACACUGAACCCCAGAAACAUAUGGACAACAGGGUGAUGUACUGUCCUAGAGGUAGAGUGUGGGGUGGCUCUUCCUCACUGAAUGCCAUGGUCUAUAUUCGAGGGCAUGCAGAGGACUAUAAUCGGUGGAGUGCCCAAGGAGCAACUGGUUGGGAUUAUGCUCAUUGUUUGCCAUACUUUAAGAAGGCCCAGACCCAUGAAUUUGGACCUGAUGACUACAGAGGAGGCAAUGGACCACUGCAUGUCUCAAGAGGAAAGACCAACCAUCGUCUUCACAACACAUUUAUUGAAGCAGCCAAGCAAGCAGGGUACCCAUUUACUGAGGAUAUGAAUGGCUAUCAACAAGAAGGAGUUGGCUGGAUGGACAUGACUAUAUACAAAGGUCAGAGAUGGAGUACAGCCAGUGCCUAUCUGCACCCUGCAAUGACCCGUCCUAAUGUUUCUGUAAAGGAGAAGACGAUAGUCACUAAAGUACUUUUUCAAGGACUGCGAGCCACUGGCGUGGAGUAUGUCCAGAAUGGACGAAAAAAAAAGGCAUUUGCAAGCAAAGAAGUAAUACUGAGUGGUGGAGCCAUAAACUCUCCCCAACUUCUCAUGUUAUCUGGAAUUGGAAAUGCAUCGGAGCUCACCAAAUUAGGAAUCCCAGUUAUCGCUCACCUUCCAGGUGUGGGAAAGAAUCUUCAGGAUCACCUGGAAGUUUACAUUCAGCAGAUGUGCAUCAAACCUAUCACUUUAUACAGAGCACAAAAACCUCUCCAGAUGUUGAAGAUUGGCCUAGAGUGGAUGUGGAAAUUCACAGGAGAUGGAGCAACAGCACAUUUGGAAACUGGUGGAUUCAUUCGAAGUGCUCCUGGUGUGGAACAUCCUGACAUCCAGUUCCACUUCCUCCCAUCUCAGGUCAUCGACCACGGGCGUGUGAGCCCAAAAAUAGAGGCCUACCAGGUACACGUUGGAACUAUGAGGGCAACCAGCGUGGGGUGGCUGAAACUUCGAAGUACUGACCCACGAGAUCAUCCCAUUAUCAAUCCAAACUACCUUUCUACUGAAAAGGACAUUGUAGAUUUCCGGCAGUGCGUGAAGUUGUCCAGAGAGAUUUUUGCUCAGAAAGCAUUCGAUGAAUUCCGGGGCCCCGAAAUACUUCCUGGUUCUAGUGUCCAGACAGAUGAAGAGAUUGAUGCUUUCAUUAGACAGAAGGCAGACACGGCCUAUCACCCAUCCUGCACCUGUAAAAUGGGGCAGCCGAAUGACACAAGUGCGGUUGUUGACCCAGAGACAAAGGUAAUAGGUGUGGAAAAUUUACGAGUUGUGGAUGCCUCUAUCAUGCCCAGUGUUAUAAGUGGGAAUUUAAAUGCACCAACAAUUAUGUUGGCAGAAAAGGCAGCUGAUAUCAUUCAGAGGAUUCCUCCUCUCGAGGAGCGAGAUGUAGGUGUGUACAGACCUCAAACCCUGGAGACUCAACGGUAG